GCCACCUCUGGCAUAUGGGACCGGCGCCCUACUCCUUGAGCCACAGGCGCCGCCCUGAACUCUUGCCUUUUGCGGCCAUCACGGGAGAGGCAGCGGCCAACAUAAUGUUCAAUCCCUUUGUGACUUUGGACCGAAGCAAGAACUGCAAAAGGCAUUUCAAUGCACCUUCCCACAUUCGCAGGAAGAUUAUGUCUUCCCCUCUUUCCAAAGAGCUGAGACAGAAGUACAAUGUUCAACCCAUGCCCAUCCGAAAGGAUGAUGAAGUUCAGGUUGUCCGGGGGCAUUAUAAAAGUCAGCAGAGUGGCAAAGCAGUCCAGGUUUACAGGAAGAAAUACGUCAUCUACAUUGAGCGGGUGCAGCGGGAAAAGGCUAAUGGCACAACUGUCCAUGUGGGCAUUCACCCCAGCAAGGUGGUCAUUACUAGGCUUAAACUGGACAAAGACCGCAAAAAGAUCCUUGAACGAAAAGCCAAAUCCCGCCAAGUAGGAAAGGAAAAGGGCAAGUAUAAGGAAGAAACAAUUGAGAAGAUGCGGGAAUAAAAUAAUCUUAUAUGCAACUUUCAUUAAACACUGCUAAAAUGAAAAAAAAAAAA